AUGUGUCAUUACCAGAGUCUGUGUUCUUUGUUUUUAACUCAAAAUAAGUCAGUAAUAACUGACAGUAUCAAAGAAUUGCUCUCUAGAAAAGUAAUUAUCUCCUCGUCAUGUCUGGAAGUUACCUGUAACAAAAAAGAAAUGGAAUGUUAACACAUGCAAGGGCAAUAUGAAAAAAUGAAAUAGAACGUGUAGAGCUCAGCUUCUCUUAAGAUAUUUUCAUACUGGCUUGUUGAGUCUGUUAAAGGUCGCAACUAAUUGUCUGAGGCUAAUUUCACAAGGUGUGCAAUUGAGAUAAAUGCAUGGUAAAUAAAGUGAAAGAAACGUGGUUUCACAUUAGCCAAUUUACAUUGCGUUGUUCGAUGAUGUUUACACGCUCUUCUACUGCGAAAUAAACCUUUGCAUUUGGGUUUGCAAGUCAAGAUUAUCCCGAGUUUGACUGACACUCGAACAACAGUUUCAUUUUUAAGCAGGGAAGGUGUAGACCCAUAUAAAGCAGGAAUAUGUAAAGGAAACUCAUCGAAAACUUUUUCGCAUCUUUGUGGCGAUAUUCUCUCAUGGCCCGUCAACUGAUUACUGGGGGUUGUGAAGAAAAAAUACAUUAGGACCAAAGGUUAAAGCCUGUCCUGUUACAUCAUUUUGCAUGUUACCUAGAGUUCUAAUAAAUAGGUCAUAAAAUAGGAUUUAACGAGAGCGAAUUUGUUUCUUAAUCGGUGUAUAAAAAAAGUGAAGCUAUCAAAUGAGAAGUUUAUAAAGUAUCAAAAUUAUUAAAUUAAAAGCUCAAAUAAUUAGGAAAAUUCCUAUACGAAAAUAAUGCUAGAGACAUUAAAUUGAUCAGAUAAAAUUCUCAGAAAAUAUGUCGAAUAAAAGCCUCAUUGCUUGCUUUUGUUUUUGCGUAAAGGUAGCCAAGUUGAAAAAGCGACUAAAUCUUAGUUUUUUACGUUGAACAUGUUUAUUAGCUUAGUUUUCGUCCGUUUUAAAAGCUUUAUAACCCAAUCAUAAUUUUCGGGUUAAAAUAGUACAAAGUCAUUUCAAAAACUAUGUUUAUUUAAAGAAGAGCCGGCAAACGUGAACAUUUUGUAAUUCAGAAAUCGGACCCAGCCAGGUUAUUUAAGCUUAGAAUUUUUUGCAUUUUAGCGUCCUAUAAAUUUACCAGAAUCGCCUCUCAAAGGCUUACUGUAGUAAAGCAUUUUGUAGUACACUCGUAGACAAGCAAUGUAAGGCAUAAGUGGUUGCUUGGAUAAGACAUCCAAAAGAAAAAUUAGUUUUGUGGACCUAAACGCACAUUCACAGACUGCUUAUUGAGUUGUUUACAACUUUGCAUUGACACCUGCAGCAUGUUCAUUUUUUUAAAGCGAAAUCCAAAUCUGAUUUUGGCAUUUGAUUUACGGAUAUUUUAUUUUGUCUCCAAAAGUGAUUGGUUUCUAUAUUUUUGAAGUUUCCUCUAGUCUUCUUAACAGCAGAAGAAGAUUACAAGACGUAGAAACAGAAACAAUCCGAAGUGAACGAGUUGAAAACCACUUAUGCCUGAGAGUUCUUAGGCAUGCUGAACAGCAAGAUAAACUGAAUGCCAAAAGGAUAAUUCACGGGAUUUUUUCGAUAUUCAGGCUUUUUCUUUACCAAAUUAAUACUAAAUUUGUACUUACAGUCUCUCGCAGAAUCCAUUUCUUGUCCAGCAUUCACCAACAUCUCAACCAUGCACCGCAGGAAAAAAAAAAAGACAAACAAGUGCGAAGAGACAUGACGACAUCGUGACGCCACAACUGCCACGCUACAACAAACUAAAUUCAUCGUCAUCCGAAAACACUUCUGCGGAAAUUCGGCCGAUUUCGUGCGAGCUCGGGGUAUCUUCGGAUGGAGCAGAUGACGUUGCUGAAAGGACUAUCGUCAGCAAGGAGUAA